GGAACAUUCGUGUUACGCUCCGUUCGUGUUAAGUAAAGUGUUUUUCCCAAAAACACAAGGAGCCCUGUCGCCUAACCAACCACAAGACACAAGACACAGGACCUCCGACUUCGUAUAUCUUGAGUAGGGUUCAGUCGGGUCAAGUUGACUGCUCAGAUAAGGAGGACCAGCCAAUACGUCGUGUCUGUUAACUUUUUUAUGUGACAGUUCGCGAAUGUUUCACCGUGCCUACUUGGUGAAAUGUGGAAUCUAUCGUGCCGGCCUGCUCGGACAGAUCAACAGCUAUACGAUUCGUCAACAGCAGGUGUGGGAGGAAGGACCUGGGAUAAGUUGCUUCCAUCUCGUCACUCCGUGAGACUGUACUGUAGAGCCCGCACGUGAUCGGCUGACGUCACAACUUCACAGAUGGCGCCUCUGUGGCCCUCGCCUGCGCUGCUAGUGCUAGCUGUUGUGUUCACAGGCUGGUCAUGUCACGUGACAGCCAAAAGCUGCAACUACACCGUGCUGAGUGGCGCAGAGGCUGACGAGGCGGUUCGAACCCUGGACAGCGGGCUCCUCCUCCACCCUGCCGACCAGCUGACGCCUACACCAGCAGACGGAGUCGGGGACAACAACACCGGAAGGAAGCUGGAUGGAGCUGGGUAUGACGUCACAAACGACGGUAAAACUAACGCGAACUAUCAGAGCCACCCGUCCAAGGCUUCCGCUUACGGUGUUCUUUCGCCUGAUGGUGGAGAGAGAGUUGGUUCGACGAAAGAGGAUUCUGAGAUUUCGGCAUCUGCAGUGAGCGGGAAUUAUGAAAACGCUUCGUUCGAAAGAGAGAGACUUGGGCGGUAUGGAGACAGGAGACGACAGGACGGUGAGAUUGAGGAGGAAGACGUUUCUAGAGUAGGAGAUAAUGAUAAUGAAUUCAACAUGUCUUUGCUGAACAUUUCUUUGUUGUCGACAAAAUCACAGGCUGUGGGAAAUGUCGGAAAAGUGGAGAAUGGAACCGGGAACCAUCCGCAGAGAAAGCCAGAAAUCAUAACGUACAGACCCUCACCAAAUAAAAGCAACAACCAUGACGUCAUCAUCGGUGUCAUCUUCGUCUGCAUCCUGGUCGUGUGUGUGCCCAUCAUCGUGUUGGCUCUCUACUCACACAGGAACCUCCAUCUGCCGGCCGGACAACGCGGCGACAACAACAACAACAACAACAACAGCAAUAGCUACAGCAAUAACAAUAACAAAGGCGAUGAAGAAUUCUUCCUUUAGCAGAGUAACACGGCAUUGGACGCAUUGCAUGUGGUUUGUAUCCGUCCAUUGAUGACUGCAUAAUGUCAACUUCGCUUUACUUAUUUGUGCAGGACACGACGUGUUCAUGUGAAGAAGGAAUCAAAGAGGAGCAGGAGGGCCUUGAGUUUACUGAGGAGGAGAAGGAGGGGGAGAUGUGGAGGAUGUGGUGUUCGGUAAUAAAGGAGAACGAAAA